AUGCCGAGUACAGGUCUUGCUAAAAACAAUUUAGCGUUUCGUGGAAGAAAUGACAAGGUUCGGGUGGAUGGUAAUGGAAAUUUUUUGGGCAUGAUUGAGUCUGUUGCAGAUUUUGAUCUUGUGAUGAAAGAGCAUAUUAGACGAGUUGAAGACCAUGAAAUUCAUAAUCAUUAUAUGAGUCACCAAAUUCAGAAUGAGUUGAUAGAGAUGCUUGGGGAUGAAAUGAGGCAAAUGAUCAUAAAGAAGAUUCAUUGUGCAAAGUAUUUUUCUGUUAUUCUUGAUACUACUCCAUAUAUAAGUAACAGAGACCAGAUGUCGCUAGUUAUCCGAUGUGUGGAUAUUUCUGAGCCUUUUCCAAAGAUUGAAGAAUUUUUUUUGAAUUUUAUAGAAGUUAAAGACAAAACCGGAGAAGGACUUUUUGAGACUCUACAAAUGGUAUUACUUGAUCUUGGGUUGAAUAUUGAUGAUGUUAGAGGACAAGGUUACGAUAACGGGUCAAACAUGAAAGGGAAACAUAAAGGAGUACAAAAGAGAUUGCUUGAAAUCAAUCCAAGAGCUGUUUACACGCCAUGUGGUUGCCAUAGUUUAAAUCUUGCACUUUCAGAUAUAGCUUCUUCGUCUAAAAUAGCAGUAUCAUUUUUUGGAAUUGUUCAGCGAAUUUAUUGUUUGUUUGCCUCUUCAACAAAUAAUUGUGAAGUUUUCAGAGACAUUGUGAAUGGUAUUACGGUUAAACCAUUAUCACAAACUCGCUGGGAGAGUCGUGUUAAAAGCGUUAAAGCAAUAAGAUUUCAAGCUCCACAGAUUCGAGAUGCUUUGUUUCACUUGGCCGAAAAUAGUGAUAAUCCGAAAACAAGAAGCGAGGCAGAGUCUCUUGCAAUGAGCGAAAUCCAUGGAAUUGGGAGUUUUGAGUUUUUGUUUGGGAUGAUUAUUUGGUAUGAACUCUUGUUUGUUGUUAACAAGGUAAGCAAGCUCCUCCAGUCAGAAGAUAUGGAUAUUGAUAUUGCUAUUGCUCAGCUGAAAGGUCUUAUUUGUUUUUUUAGAAACUAUAGAGAUACAGGAUUUCAAGCAGCAAAAUUAGAAGCUGAACAGAUUGCUGUAGAUAUGAAUAUUGAUCCUGUAUUUUCAGUGAAGGCAAAGCGUUUGAGCAAAAGGAAAAGGUAUCAUGAUGAAGAGCCUGAAAAUGUUGGGGAAAAUGUGAUAUUGACACCAGAAGAAGAUUUCAGAAUCAAUUACUUCAUCAAAAUCGUUGAUCAAGGUUUGGUUUCUUUUGAAACAAGGUUUGAUCAGAUUCAAAGUUAUGAAAAGACUUUUGGAUUUUUAUUUGACUUAAAGAAGCUGAAGUUAGCGGAUGAUGAUAAGUUGAAGGCUUCUUAUGCUAACCUUGAAGUUUUCCUGAAGCAUGGCACUCAUUAUGAUAUUGAUGGUAAUGAUCUAUUUUUGGAGCUGAAGCUUUUAAAAGGAUCUUUUCCUAAAGAUAUUAAAAAGGUUGUUGAGGUCUUGGAUUUUCUAAAACAGAUGGAAAGUUGUUAUCCCAAUACAUGGACUGCAUAUCACAUAAUGAUGACGAUUCCCGUUUCUGUUGCUUCUGCAGAAAGAAGUUUUUCAAAGUUGAAGCUCAUUAAAUCUUAUUUAAGGUCAACUAUGUCACAAGAUAGGCUGAAUGGAUUAGCUAUGAUGUCCAUUGAAAGGAGUUUGGCGGCAAAACUUGACUAUGAAACUUUGAUGGAUGAGUUUGCAAUCUCAGCUAGGCCAUUCGCAUUUGCCAAGGUCAAGUAUUGA